AUGCUGGCGCCAGGAAUGCUAGGGGCUCUAUACUUUGAAGGAGUGAAUGUUACGGAAUUCCUCGAACGAUACGGAGAUCAGUGCGAGGAUGCGAAUCUGAAGGAGGGGGAGAAACUGAAGCGACUGCUGAGAUACUGCAGUAUUGCUAUUGGGCAGUACGUGAAGGCGAUGGCAGAGUGGAAAAGGGGGGUGUGGGAGAUACUGGAGAAUGUACUGAUGGAGGAAUUCAAGGAUCAGGACAGCUUUCAGCAGAUGAAUUCACGGUCGUUCCUAGAAGCUCUGAAGAGCAAAAAGCGGACGAGUGAAGACGAUGUUCGUCAAUUCAUCAGGCAGUUUACGGCUAUCUCAACAGUAUUAGUAAACAAGAAAGAGUUAGAAGAGUAUACAAGAGGCAUAUGGUUUCUAAACGGGCUGCUGGAGGAUGUCCGAGGCAAGGUGAUUCGGAGGGGCAAAGUUACUAUGAAUAAGCCGGAGACGGUAAAGUUCAGUGAGAUGGCAAAGACAGCAACAGAAAUCUACACGAGUAACAAGAGUAUACGCGAGUUCGCCGACAGCAAAGUAAAGCAAGAUGGGCUCAGCGAGCUGGUCGACAGACUAGGUGAAGCGAGCGUUCCGCCAAGACCGGAGAAUAUAUUGGCUGCGCUUGUGGUUGCCUCAAGAGUAAGGCUGUCCAAGGAGGUCAUGGAUAACCUGAGUAAUAUGUUCAAAGCGAUAGCACUGUCGGCGCGGGCUACGGCGGAGGCGGAUAUGAUGGGCGGAGCUAUGGCAGGAGGGGGGCGUGCCGCUCGAUUUAACCCGCCCAGCGGGGGAAAUCAAGCGGCUGCCUACCCAGCGGGGCUAGCCGGCAGAAUCAAUGCGGCCGAACUGCCGCGAGGGGGGCAGGCAGGCUGGUACCUGCAGCAGAUGCCUGCGGCGGCUGUAAAUGCAGCCAUGGCAGCAAGGUCAAAGCCGAUAUACUGUUUCUACUACCUCGAAAGCGGGCACUUCCGGAGAGAGUGUGAUGAUUUUAGGGGCGACGAAGGAAGGGGCUUUGCUUAUGAGAGACCCGACGGCCUACUCUACUACGGUAGGAGGGGUGAUGGUGGGGCGAGCGUUCCUUGGCAGAGGGGCGAGCGAGGGCGGGAUACUGUACGGCAGGUUUGGGGAGGAGCAAGCGCUGCGGCGGAACCCCCAAAGCAAGUUUCCGGCAUGCCUAGGCAGGACGCGAGACCAGCGGCUGCUCCGAGGAAGGUGCCGAGAGCGCCGAGUGCAAACGUCUCUUCUAUGUCGGUUGUAGACUUGGAGUCCUCGGAUGUAGAGGAGGGCGAUAGUGAUGGGUUCGUCAUAGUGGCGGGGGUACAAGGCAGGCAGACAGACAGGGCCGAGGAGAAGUGGCAGAACCCUAAGAGGGUGCUGCGGGAGCGUGCGAAGAGGGAGGCUAAGAUGGCUGUUCUAAAGUUGCCAAGGGCUGGCGAGUGGAGAAAACCGCAGGGUGAGGGGGCAGAGACAGCUGACGAAGAGAGUACGGAGGCGCUCAAGAAGCUGGGUCCCAGAGUGACGCGGAAGGUCGAGAAGUAUCUAGACGUCCUGAAAAGGGAUGCAGACCCUAUGGAACUUUUGGACAAAGUGUUCGACAAUGAGUUAAAGAGUAUCACGGGGCGAGAGGUGAUCGUAUACUCCGAUCUACUGCAGAAACUCCUGUUCAAGAAUAUGGUACCGUUUACAAAAGUCGAACUCCCGGCUAGCGAGGAGUAG